AUGAAGCUCUCGACUCUCUUCCUUGCAUCUGCUUCCGCCACCGCGGGAUCUGCCGCAACCCUAUCCCAGGUCCUCGACUUUGGCAACAACCCAGGCGACAAUGAGAUGUGGAUAUACGUUCCCGACAAACUAGCUGACACUCCAGCUGUCAUCGUCGCGCUCCACGGCUGCCUUGGCUCUGCAGAGGCCUACUACAGCGAGGUAGCAGACCUCCCCCCUGCUGCUGACGAGAACGGUUUCAUCCUCGUGUACCCGGGCUCCAACGAUGACUUCCACUGCUGGGACGUUGCGACGGCUGAAUCGCUGACGCAUAAUGGGGGGAGCGAUUCCCAGUCUAUCGUCAAUAUGGUUCAGUAUACGCUCGAUAAAUACAGCGGGGACAGCAGCAAGGUGUUUGCGACUGGCUCCUCGUCUGGCUCUAUGAUGAGUCUUGUCCUGGCUGCGGCGUAUCCGGAUGUCUUUUCCGGGGUGGCGGCGUAUAGUGGAGUUCCGUAUGGUUGUUUGAGAGGCUCGCCCGGUUCGUCCCCGUUUACGGCUGAUCAGGCCUGUGCGCAGGGUGAGGUGAGUAAGACGGCGUCGGAGUGGAAGGAUGAGGUGGGCCAGGCCUGGCCUGGGUUUAAUGGGAGUUAUCCCAAGGUGCAGGUGUGGCAUGGGACGGCAGAUUCGGUCAUCUCGCCGAACAACUUCGACGAGGAGGUGAAGCAGUGGUCGGCUGUUUUUGGAGUGAAUCUUACCAAAGAGGAGCAGGAUAGCCCGCUGGAUGGGUAUACGCGGUCUAUUUUCGGAGAUGGCAGUCAUUUUGAAGCGUAUCUUGCAGAGGGUGUUGGCCAUGUUGUGCCAACUCAGGUGGACUCGACGCUGCGAUGGUUCGGACUGAUAUAG